AUGCCAAAAGUGUGUUUGAAUAUGGUCUUGCUGGGAAGAACAAGAGCUGGGAAAAGUUCAACAGGGAACACAAUACUGGGACGAGAAGCAUUUAGUAUAAUGAAAAGCUGCAAAUCUACUACUGAAGUCGGUGAUGUUUGUGGAUUACUGAUCGUUGUUUAUGACACACCAGGAUUUUCUGGUGCAGAGAGUGAGGAAGAGCUUUUGAAAUAUCAGGAGGUUCUCCAGAAAUGUGAAUCAGGCAUGUGUGCGUUUCUCCUGGUUCUUCGGUCAGACAGAUUCACACAAGAAGAUCAAGAAAUUGUGAAGAAGGCUGAGGAGCUGCUGGGAGAGCAAUGCUUGAAUAAAAUCUGGAUUCUCUUCACCAGAGGAGACGAACUGGAAUAUGAAAACAAGAAGAUAAAUGAAGUCAUUAAUAAGACUGAAUUCUUGAAGAAACUUACUCAGAAAUAUGAAGGCAGAUUUCACGUGUUCAACAACAAGAGAGGAGCAAGUGGCCAAGUGAAAUCUCUGAUAACUAAAGUUUUCCAGAACAACUUAAAGAAUCUCUCCCAAAAUCCUUGGCAAAGUAUUGCCAUCCGUGUCCAGGACACCUCUGAUGACAGCGUCUCAUGUAGGAGGAUUGUUCUUCUGGGUAAAAGUGGUGCUGGGAAAAGUUCAGCUGGAAACACAAUACUGGGAGAGGAGGUGUUUAAAUCGACACCUGACACAAAAUCAGAAACCAGUGGAUGUUCAGAGAAACACAUCACUGUUUCAGGAAGAAAAAUAUCUGUAGUUGAUACUCCUGGAUUAUUUGAUACAGAGAUGAGCCCUGAGGAGUUAAUGACAGAGAUAGCGAGAAGUGUUUAUUUAUCCAGUCCUGGACCUCAUGCUUUUCUCAUUGUGUUUAAUGUGAAUGUGAGGAUCACUGAGCAGGAGCAGCAGAUUCCUCAGAUGAUUGAGAUGAUGUUUGGUCAGGAGGUGUUAAAAUAUUCCAUCAUUCUCUUCACUCAUGGAGAUCUGCUGAAAGGAAAAUCCAUGGAGCAAGCCAUUAUAAAGAAUAGUAGAUUAAAAGAUCUAGUAGAUCAGUGUGGCGGCAGAUAUCAGGUCUUCAACAAUAAAGAUCAGAAUAACAGAAAGCAGGUCAGUGAUCUAGAGCAGAAGUCUAACUCUAUGAUAGAGCAGAACGGAGGAGGACAUUACAGUAAUCAGAUGUUUGAAGAUGCUCAGAGAUUCAGACAAGAGGAAAGAAAGAGAAGACUGAUGGAAGAAGAAAUGAGACAGAGAGAGGAAGAGAGGAGACGGAUAGAAGAAGAGAGGAGAAAAGCACAAGAGAAAAUUCGUAAAAUUUUUAUCUUUGGUGCAGCUUGUGUUGGAGCUGUUGUUGCUGCACCUUUUGGUGCUGUUCUUGCUGGAGCUGCUGGUGUUGCAGCUGUUGCUGGAGCUGCUGCCGGAGCUGCUGGUGGAGCUGCUGUUGCUGGAGCUGCUGGUGGACUUGCUGGUGCUGCUGCUGCGGAUGGAGCUUUUAAUGCCGCAGCUGCUCACGUACAGAGGAGGCAGAGAGAGGAGGAGAGAAGACAACAGGAGAGUAAAAAUGAGAAAGUUAUGAAAAAGUGA